UAAAGCUUGUCAUCCUCAUCCCUCACUCUCUCUCUAGACUUGUAGAGAGAGAACACAACUCAGCAGCCAGCCAGCCAGCCAUCCUGUUCGUUCCCAUCACAGAGGAAUUUCCAUCCCAUGCUCCACAAAGACGAUACACCCAGAAAACACAGACCCACUUAGCCCACUGUCCCAUAUCAUCGCCCACCCAGAUUUGCACCAGCAGAUUUCAGCCACUUUUUUUUUUUUUCCCUCCUUUAGAUAUAAAUUAAUUUUAAAAAAAUCCUUCUUUCUUCAGCUUUUCUAUAUCUUCAGAUCAUAUGAUCAUGGAGGAGGCAGAUCAUUCUAAUGGGAUCCGCAGGCCCAAUUUCCCGCUGCAACUGUUGGAGAAGAAAAAUGGUGAACAGCGACGGGAUGACGAUGAUGAUGCAGGCGCUGCAGCAACAGCUGGCUUCGUCGACCCGACCCGACCCAAUAGUAACCUGCAGCUCGCCGACCAAUCCAAGAAGCCGCCUCCGAAGCGUGCCUCCACUAAGGACAGGCACACGAAGGUGGAAGGUCGGGGCCGUCGGAUCCGCAUGCCAGCGGCUUGUGCUGCCAGAGUUUUUCAGCUGACCAGGGAGCUCGGCCAUAAGUCCGACGGCGAGACCAUCGAGUGGCUGCUCCAGCAGGCCGAACCCGCCGUGAUCGCUGCCACCGGGACUGGGACCAUUCCCGCCAAUUUCACUUCGCUUAACAUCUCGCUCCGCAGCUCCGGGUCGACCGUGUCGGCGCCGUCACAAUACUUCAGGGGUAAUAGUUAUAGUAAUUACUUCAGUCCCAGCUUGUUUUCUUCUUCGUCGUUGCAGUUGAGAAACACGGUCGUGGAUGAUUCAAGAAGGAUCUUGUUUCCCGGUGGCGCCGUUGGGUUUUCUUCUUCCUCCAAUUCCUCCGAGAAUUCUUCGAUGAAUAAUUUCAGUUCUGCGAGCAAUGUGAAUGCCAUGUUACAACUAUCAAAGCAAGAGCUCAGGGAAGAAACCGGCGGCCGCGGAGGCGGCCUUGAAUCAACGACAACAGAAACCGAAGGAAGUUUAGGGAAAAAUAGACGGUCAUCACCAGAACAGGAACCACCACAGAGUCAGAUGGGGAGUUAUUUGUUACAAUCCAGCACAGGCUCAAUUCCGUCAAGUCAUUCAUCAGUUCCCGCGACGUUUUGGAUGGUGAGUAGCCCCGCCGGAAACAACCAAUCCAUAGGCAGCAGUGGCGGCGGCAACGGCGGAAGCAGUAGUGGCGACCCCGUAUGGGCAAUUCCUUCUGUUGGUAAUUAUAGUAACAUGUAUAGAGGAGCCAUGUCUGCAGGCAGUGGGAUUCAUUUUAUGAAUUUUGGUUCUCCAAUGGCUCUGAUGGGUGGACAGCAAUUAGGUGGUACUGUGAUGAAUGAAAGCAACCUAGGCAUGCUCGCAGCCCUAAAUGCAUACAGGCAGAUUCCGGCGAGCGGCGUUUCAGAGUCUCCGGCCAUUACUGGACACGGUGGAGGAGUGGAUAUGGUAUUAGGGUUUGAGAGAAGAAAAGCUUCAUCUAUUUUAACAACUGCUAGUAUUUGCUUUCCUCAAGCUUUGUUUUCUCUUCACAAAGUCAUUUAAUUUAUGGCUUUCGCUUUCUGUGUCAAUGCACUAUAAACUCUUCUCGUUUUGUUAAGCAUAUAUGUAUGUCCCUCUAUGAUACUGGCUCCUUUUGUAUAUACAUACAUACAUGUGUGUGUGUGUAUAUUCAUUACACAUCCUCUAUCAAAUGGUCUCGGAUUAUAGUAUCUUUACUUGAACAUUACGGCGAGGGAUUAGGUUAAUCCUCUCGAUAAAAACCAGAAGGAUACAUACUCUCACAGAACUUGUAGUAAAUUCAUGACAAAAUAGCAUACCAGUUUCUUUCUUUCCGACCAAA